CAGAGUACUUCAAGCAUGGAACCUGGCACCACUAUGGAGGAGGGCAUCUAUUGGGACAAUGUCUCGGUGUCCGUGAACGGCAAGAUCCUGGUUCAGCCACACAGUGGGAGUGCCAAGGCGUGCCGUUUAUUGGCGGUCAUGGGUCCAAGCGGCGCUGGGAAGUCCUUGUUGCUUCACAGCUUGUGUGGCCUGGCGCCCUCCAACGCCACCGUGCUUGGUUCAGUCUACGGUGCUGGGAAGAUGGCCACAGAGGUUGGCGUGCCUCAAAGGAACAUGGCCUUGCUUGAGCAGCGUCUUGCAGCGAUGGCUCGACGUGUGGCCUUUGUUUUAGAAGGCUCACGAGGCGACGUUCAGCCGUAUUUGGUGGCUGCCUUAGCACUGAAACGAGCCAACUACAAAGUUCUCAUGCUUGGACCAGAAGAUGUUGCCGACAUGAUGAAAUAUUUCCACCUGGAUUUCACUGUUUUCUACCCUGUGAACUCGCGAAGAAUGGCCAAGCGAGAUGCUUGGCAGCAUCGAAGCAGGUGGGAAUGUUGUAAACAAGAAACUUCCAGACGGACCUGGGGUAUCUAUAUAGUUCGUCGAAUUGUGAAAGAUUCAAAGUCUGAUUCUACCCACUUGCAAUCUGAUUUCCAGCAUUUGUUGUCGCUGUGGGGCAUGUUGCAAUAUCAAUAUCCGUAUCACUGCAUGGAAUUUACGCAGCGCGUGUAUUGUUUUAUUGUAUGUUGUUGA